AUGGCUCAAUACGGUCUACUGGAAGUACACAAUGGAGAAAAUGCGCAAGCCGACAUUAUCUUCUUGCAUGGAUUGCGGGGAGAUCGAGAAAAGGCAUGGACGAAGAAUGGAGUAGUCUGGCCCAAAGAUUUAUUGCCUGACGACAUUCCCGCAUCUCGCAUCUUUCUCUUUGGUUAUGACACCAAUAUUACUAGUACCGGUCGGUCGGGUGUAACCAAGACUGAAAUCCAUAGUGAUGCAGAGGACGUUUGUGCGAAGCUGGCAGCAGAGCGCUUAAGCACACAAACUGUUAGUGACUCGAACGCACUACGAGGUCUCCUUUUGGAUUGA